AUGGUCCUCCUGGCGCGAACCGGACCAGCGCCCUCGAAAAGUCUUGAGUCGACGCCCAGAUUACUGCUGGCAAACAAAGCCAAGCGAGGGUGUAAUAUAAGACGUGCUAGGUGGCUUCCAUCGCCUCAUACCUUGGGUCUUUGUUGAUUUCCUUUUCUUUGCGCCAGUCGCUACCUCACCAUCUUGCGACCUCCAGUUCUGCAUACGGGCUCUCUCUCUCUCUGACCCAAUCGUCCCUGAACAUGGCAACUCGACCGACGGAUAACCAGCGCGUGGCCUCACACGGACGCGGAGGUGCUGGCAACAUUGCAAAAGACGACCCAACAAACUAUCCCAAGCCAGAAGACCUCGUCACACCGACACUCAAGUCUGACACCUACACCACCGGUCGAGGUGGAACUGGAAACAUGGCCCGCAACGACCCCGAGCACCCCGAGAUUGCGCGCGCUGCUCAAGAUGUCGAGGGCUCGCCACAGCCAGAGACUACAGGCCCCAAACACUACGGCCGAGGAGGUGCAGCCAACGUCAUCAGCAAUGACGCAUCUGCACCAGAGAAGAGCGACGAAGCCAAACACGACGACAACGGUGCUGCAAAGGGUCUGUUAGGCAAGGGCAAGGAUCUCUUGCAUAAGCUAGGAAAGAAAUAGACUUUGCCAAAUGCCGCAGUCAGCGUCAAUUGCGUGUCCCUCGAAGCUUCAACUGCGGCUUUUGUUUGUUGGUUCUUUUUUUGCAUUUCACAAUAUACCCAGGGGGGUUUUGGCUAUUCUCAAUAAAGUAAUAGAUGGGUAAAAAAAAAAGGAGUUUUACUUUAGUUA